CACUCACACGAGAAGAGAUCAAUACAGAAAUACUUAAGGUACCGACUGAGGAAGGAAAACCACAAUACGUUGAUAGGUUCCAAAAGGAAUUAGAACAAGAAUUACAACUUAAAACAGUAGUAAAAUCAACAGCUAGAAGAUUCAAUCGCCCUCGAGUAAUUAUUCUUUUGCCAUCACGAGAGCUUGUUGACCAAAUAUUAUCAGUUGCAAAGCUUAUGUCACAUUAUGCAAAACUCCGAGCAAUUGCAGUAACAUCAAAUAAGGAUCGUAGAUUUGUCAAGAAAACUUUAGAAAUGCCAGUUGACAUAGUAAUAGCAACCCCAGCAGGACUUUUAGAAUAUAUUGAGCUAGGAUUUAUUAAUAUUGCAGAUACAAAAUACGUUGUUAUUGACGAAGCUGAUACAAUGUUUGGUAAAGGGUUUGGAGAAGAAGUUCAAGAUAUUAUUACUAAAGUAAAAAAUUCGGGAAAAAAUCAAACCAGAUCAUACCAAAUAAUUAUAGUAUCUGCAACGAUACCUAAACCUGUGAAUGAAAUGCUUAAUCGGGAAUUUCCUAAUAUUAAAAGCAUAACUAGUCAUUCACUUCAUAAAGCUUUACCUAAUAUUAAACAUAAUUUUAUUGACAUGAAAAAUUAUAAUUAUAACAAGAGCGCAGCAAUUUUAGAAGUUUUAAAAAAACAUUAUACGGAGGAACAUAGCACAAUGAUAUUUUGUAAUACUCGUGUGAGUGCUUAUGCAUUAGAAAGUUUUUUGAAAACAAAAAAAUUUCCAGUAAUUGGACUAUUUGGAGAUGUAAAUGAACGUACCACAAAACUUGAAGCAUUCCGUAAUCAGGAACCCAAUUCUAAAAUUUUAGUUUGUACAGAUCUUGCUUCUAGAGGAAUUGAUACAACUUUUGUAAAUCAUGUGAUUCUUUAUGACUUUCCAACCACGGUUGUAAAUUUUUUACAUAGAAUUGGUAGAACUGCUAGAGCAGGAAGAAAAGGGGAGGCAACAUAUUUCAUAACAAAAAAGAAUAGAGAAUUAGCUAGCAAGAUUUCUAAAAAUAUUAGAGAAAAAAAAGUUUUAGCAUAA